AUGACUGUAAGAAAAGCCAAAAUGCUGAACUCGAUACAAAGACCAUUCUUAAUAAAUAUCACAAGAGCAUUUCGCACAACCUCAACGAACGCACUUCAAGUACUUGCGGGAGUACGUCCAUUAUCCAUAGAAGCUGAAAUAGAUGCCAUUGCAACAACAGUCCUACAGCUUAAAAAACCCGCCGAAUUCAACGGAAUAGUAUUCCAACCAGAUAAAUAUGAAACCAAGCCACGUAAAUUCCAUACCCAUCCAGCAAUAACACUGGAUAAUUUGAAAUGUAACCUAACCCAAACACCUCCCAACACCACUCUCAUUGCCUACACAGAUGGAUCCAAAAUAGACAACAAAGUUGGAUGCGGCAUGACUAUUCGAACUGGAACAGAUACCACUACUGAAUGGCAAGGGUAUCUACGACCGGACAAUAACGUAUUCCAAGCUGAACUGGCAGCAAUAAAACACAGCAUAAGCUAUCUCCAAGCACGUACCAACGUAAUUCAUAUUAUUACCGACAGCCAAUCAUCAAUAUAUGCAAUAAAAUCUCCAACUACCACCUCUCCAAUAGCACAUGAAAUUCAAAAUAUCAUCUCAUCCAGCAAUAAAACUUUUAUCCUCACAUGGACAAGGGGUCACAGCAACUGCGAGGGCAAUGAGAGGGCAGACAUCCUUGCAAAACAAGCUGCGAUAGAACAGCGAAGUGAUCUUAUCCGCGUCCCAUGGCCCCAAUCAGCAAUCAAACUAAAGCUGAAACAACUCGCCAACGAGGCUUGGCAAAUGGAAUGGACGAAUGGACAUACCGGACGUCGGACACACAGUCUGCUACCCAAGGUUAAUGAAGAACGCAUAAUCUCAAACUGUUUUCUCACACAAUUUAUCUCCGGUCAUGGUUCAUUCCCCACAUACUUGUGCGAAAGAAAUCUCUCUUCAAAUGUGUGUGUAUGUGCGGAGAUGGGCGACCCUGAUCACUACAUCCUACAAUGUCCCCUGACUACAACUUACCAUGUGCGCCAUCCCACAAACCCCGGAAUAGAAUUCCUAAGGUUACUAAUCAAGCGGAGAAAUGUGUAUGAGAACCUUCGAAAGUUAAUAGACUCACUACACCAAUAUGGACUCGAGCUGUGCUCCCCAGAAUGA